GGUUUGAUUGCGAGAGAACACUUUGGUGGAAGUGCUUCUCUAGUCUCAAAUUCUUCAGUCUGAUCAUGCCCGGGAGUGCGGACGAUCCACUACAAGUGCUUGGGUUCAGCCACUACACGGGAUGGUUUCCAUCGCUCGACAUAGCGGUCUGAAUUAGAAUUCGUGAAGAUAUCCCAAAAACGGAAAUGUAACGAAAAUACUACAAAGGGUCGUCUUUCUUAUUGAUGAACUUAUAGGGCUGGGAAAUCUUAUAUAUGAUCUAUUUCUCGUUGAUUUCUGAGUAUAGCAUUCUUGUACACAUUCAUUCAUCCGUCGGUUAAUCAAUCUUCACUCGAUUCAUUUCAAAAUACAAUUACCAGUACCAGCUGCGCUGUCUACCAUUCUUUCAUUACCAUUCAAUAUCAUUUAAACCAAAUCGAAUCAAAAUGUACUCCUCAUCCAUCCUCCUCUCUCUAGCCCUCACAACCCUCGCCUCCGCAUCCAGAAUCUCCUCUCCCCUCUACCCCCGCGCAAACUCCAGCACCUCUAGUACCUCCUCCACCUGCGUCCCCGCCGGCGCAAUCCACAUGAUCGUUGCCCGCGCCUCCACCGAAGCCCCGGGCGAAGGAAUCAUCGGUUCCGUCGCCACCAUGGUCAAAGCCUCUCUCCCCGGCUCCGACUCCGAAGCCGUAGAUUAUCCAGCUACACUCACGCAAUACCAAGCCUCCGAAGCUUCGGGCGUAGCCGCCAUGCAGAAAUUGGUCCAGGCGUAUGCGGAAAAGUGUCCUGAGAGUAAGAUGGCGGUCAUGGGGUAUUCGCAGGGAGCACAGGUGGCGGCGGAUGUUAUGUGUGGGACUUCUGAAAUGGGGUUUACGGGGAACACUCAAGCGUUGUCGGGGAAUUUUAGUAGUAAUGUCGUGGCAAUGGUUCUAAUGGGCGAUCCAUCUCACGUCCCAGCCGAAACAUUCAACGCCGGUACCGCCAAGAACAAUGGACUUUUUGCCCGUCAAAAUAUCGCGGCUUGUCCUGCCGAGAAAACAGUCUCUUAUUGUGAUGAUCAGGAUGAAUUCUGCGACUCCGGCACCUCCCUCCAAGUCCACCUCUCUUACGUCACCACCUACGGAACCGCCGCGGCGAAAUUCAUCACUGAUAAAAUGGCUGGUGAAUCUACUUCCACUUCCACUUCCUCCACAAACGAGACCACAACCGCAAAUGCAGAAAGCACAGAAAGUCUUACGCGCGCAGCCGCUACUGGCAGUAAUACUAGUACGAACGAUGUCCCGAAGAUGGGGGUUUCUUGGGGUAUGCUGCUGCUUGUGUUUUUGGGAGCGGGAGUUUUGAUUUAGGAUUUGGGUUUGGAUAUUUUGUUUUAUUUUUUUAUUAUUUUUUUUGACGAUUACGUGGAUUUGAGGGAAGGAACUAAUAGGUAUGGCAUCGUUCUAUCGUUUAUCGUUUAUGGGACAUCGGGACAUGGAAGGCGAAGACGUAUACUAGGCGUAUGGGACGAUAAAAGGAAAGGAAAGGAAAGGAAAGGAAGGGUUAAUUGAUAUCCAUUUUUAUUUCAAUCUCUAUCUCUUGAUUAUCAGAUUUUAAAUCGAAGAUUCGAAGAUUCGAUGAUUCUACUAAAUAGAUACCUACCCAAAAGUAAUUGAUCAUGUCA